CCUGUCUCUCUUCCUUCCCUCUCCCAGACUACAUGUGAACAGACUAUUCUCACGGUCCUCUUCCCUCUUCCUCCCUUUAUCACCCUGUCUCUGACCAUUCCUCCCCUCUCCCCCUCCAGGCUACGAGUGGAUCGGCUGGAAGAACGACACGCGGCAGACGCGGCCCGUCGAGAUCACGUUCGAGUUCGACUCCGUCAGGAACUUCUCGGCCGUCCACAUCUACACCAACAACUUCUUCACUAGAGACACUCAGGUGUUCUCCCACGCCCGCGUCUCCUUCAGCGUGGGCGGCGAGCGCUACGACACGCAGCCCGCCGUCGAGUACGAGUACGUGGUGGACCGCAUCUUCGAGACCGCGCGCAACGUCACCAUCCGCCUGCGCAACUCCGCCGCCAAGUUCGUCAAACUGGAGCUCUACUUCGCGCUGCGCUGGAUCAUGGUCUCCGAGGUCGCCUUCGACUCGGUUCCUUGCGGCUGCAACCUGACGGACGAGGAGUCGCUGGCGCUGCCGACGGAGACGCUGAAGGAGAAGAGCGUGCAGGGCGAGGAGGUGCAGGAGUCGCAGCCCGUCGUGCCCGCCCACUCGUCCUCGUCGGGGCUGCUGGUGGGCGGGCUGGCCACGCUGGGCGUGAUCUUCACCGUGGUGCCCGUGGCGCUGUGCGUCGUCUACUACCGCGUGCGGCUGUCCAAGAAGGCCAAGACGCCGCCGUCGACCAUCAACAGCGUCGACGCCAAGAAGGUGUCCAUGAAGAUGAAGGACCUGCACAUCAACAUGAACCUCUCGCCCAUGGCCAACGGCUACUCGCGCGCCAAGGGCGAGCUGUACGGCCACGUGGCCAUGGACGAGGAGGCGGCGGCCAUGUACCAGGAGCCCUUCAAGGGGCCGCUGCACAACCCCGGCUACUACACGCUGGGCCCCGGCGGCGCCGCCUCCGAGACGCCGCUCAAGUGCCCGCUGCCGCUCGACACCGACGACUCCGUGGACUACGCCGUGCCCGACGUCAACAUGACGCCGCCGCCGCCCUUCUCCGAGGUGUACUCGCCGCCGCCGCCCGUGCCGCUCACGCGCCCGCCCUCCACGCUGCCCACCAUCCGCACGCGCAAGGACUCGCCGCUGCCGCCGCCCGUGCCCGCCAUGCCGCCGCCGCCCGAGCAGGAGUACUACGCCGCGCCGCAGCUGUGCCACGCGUCCAACAUCCAGGGCGUGACGGGCUCCGUGAUCUACGCCGUGGCCGACGCCGCCUGCGCCGGCGGGAAGGAGCCGCCGGUGGCCGAGGUGCCGCAGCACCGCAUCCGCGUGCUGGAGACGCUGGGCGAGGGCGUGUUCGGCCAGGUGCAGCUGUGCGAGAUCGAGGAGGCGGACGGGCCGCGGCUGGUGGCCAUGAAGAGCCUUCGCGCCGGCGCCAAGGACGCCACCAAGAAGGACUUCCGGCAGGAGACGCGCGUCCUCAGCCGCCUCGACGACCCCAACAUCGUGCGUCUGGUGGGCGUGGUCACGCGCGCCGACCCGCUCUGCAUGCUGCUCGAGUACAUGCACCACGGCGACCUGUACCAGUUCCUGCGGCGGCACCGCGGCGAGGGCACCGUCACGCCCGUCAACUUCACCGUGCCCGGCGACGGCGACGACGGCCCGCCCGCGCUCAGCUACGGCGCGCUCAUCUACAUCUCGUCGCAGAUCGCCUCGGGCAUGAAGUACCUGGAGAGCCUCAACGUGGUGCACCGCGACCUGGCGACGCGCAACUGCCUGGUGGGCGGCGGCCUCUGCGUCAAGAUCUCGGACUUCGGCAUGAGUCGGCCGCUCUACUCCAGCGACUACUACCGCCUGAGCGACUCGCGCGCGCUGCUGCCCAUCCGCUGGAUGGCGUGGGAGGCCAUCCUGCAGGGCCGCUUCUCCACCAAGAGCGACGUGUGGGCCUUCGGCGUGACGCUCUGGGAGAUCCUGACGAUGGCGCGGCAGCAGCCCUUCGACGAGCUCAGCGACGACGGCGUCCUGGAGAACGUGUCCCACUGUUACCAUGGCGACGGCUCCGGCAUGAUGCUGCUGCCGCAGCCCCCGCUCUGCCCGCGCGAGAUGUACGACAUGAUGGCCGCCUGCUGGAGGCCCAACCCCCGCCAGCGGCCGCCCUUCUGGGAGGUCCUCAUGUUCCUGCAGCGCAAGAACCUCGGCUACAC